CUAAACCCCUGAAAAAUCUACUAGGGAGAAAGAACAAAUGAGAUGAGAAAAUAUAAGUAAACCCUAGUUUCUACCAAUUUGCAUAUCUGAGAAAAUAUAAGUAAACCCUAGGGUUGAAGCUCCAGCAAAUCCUGAUUCUAUCAUGUAGAAAUUCAUCAAUUUCGUCUGAACUUCAUCAAUAAAAGAUCAUAUUUUUUGAAAAUCUGAUAAUAGUUUGUCUGGAGAUAAUUUCUCAAUUGAGGUUUCUGGAAAGGAAACCCAUGCUGGGAAAUCAUUAAGUUCAUCAGAAGACUAUGGGAAUAUCUGUCAUGGAGUCUGAAAGUGUGGCAAUUUUAUGCGGUGACCUUUUCCAUGACAUAUUAGGCCGUCUUGAUGGUACUACUUUGGCUACUGCGGCAUGUGUUUGUGCCGCUUUCUGCUCCAUCUCAAAGCAAGAGAAAAUAUGGGAAAAUGUGUGUCACUCUCUCUGGCCUUGUACCAAUAGGGAUGAUGUUAGGAGUUUGAUUUUAUCGAUCGGAGGGUAUAGAAAGUUCUAUUCAGAUUGCUUCCCGCUUAUUGUUAACAAAGAUGUUUGUCUUUCUCAUUGGGACCCUUCUCUUGAUUACCCAGAAGGAUGGGCUGAGGCUGAAUAUUAUGGUGACCUGGAUGUGUUUAAAAGUAUUUCACCUUCAGAUUUCGUCUCUAUAGUUGAUGUAAUUUACAAAGGCAAAUCGAUAUAUUCGAAAGUCCUCUGGGGAAUUCCUGAUUCCGAUAGCAUCAAUGGUUGGUUUCGUAACUGCCCUUUCCGCGUUGAUCUCUUAACCAAUUCUGACAGAGAGCAUGACCACCACGAAGUUACACUUUCGGUUGAUGACGGGCUACCAUCAGUUACAUGCAUUGAGAGAGAGAGAAAAGAUGGUAAACUCUGGAAGGAACUAUGUGAUGGGAUUAGACUUAGCUGGAUUAUUGUGAACAAGAAGUUGAAGCAGGCUGCUAAUAUCUCUAGCUGGAUUCCACUUGGUGGACAAAGACAUUGGCCGACUGACAGAGAUUUCUUGAUCCGUUUUGGUUCCAUUCUUCCUGCAAAAGACAUUCUUCCAUGCCAGGUAGCAGAGUGCAUCCUCGUUAUGAAAUUCCGGGUUGCAUUAAUCACAGAUGGAGAAGGAAAUCAAACAACGCUGGAAUUGACUGAACUAAGUUUACAGCUAGAAGACAUGGAAGGUUCUCAUGUUAAUGGAAGAAAUAGUUUGCUUGUUCUAAAGGAAGCAUUAAAUUGCCGCCGGAGCAAAAAUUAUAGUGAGGUUUUAGAAUCUUGUCAUAUUUACUCGAAGGUUCAGAGUGAAUUAAAAGAAGAGAAAAUGAGAAAUGAGAGCCGUUUAGAUAGACUAUGUCUCUUAAGUGGAAUUGCUGCAUUUUUCUCUUUCUGCUAUUACGUACUAUGAAAUUGAGCAACUUCAUUGUUUCUGACAUCCAUCUGAAGAUAGUUUCUGCGAUAUCCAUCUGAAGAAAGUUUGGGGUACUUAACUUCUGUUCUCUCAAGCUUAGAGUGAAUAGCAUGUAGCUGCUAGUAUUUUACCCUCUAUGGAAUGAAUUCCUAAAUUUGUACAUUCUUACUCUAUGCUCAAUAGUAAUGAUUUAUCUCACUAAAUAACUAAGUUCUUCUGAUU